GAUCUUAAAAUGAAACUCCAAGCCUCUGGGAGGAAGACAGGUAUCAGCAUCUCUGCUGUGUGGACCUGGAGACCUGAUAAGAAACUUGUUCACUGACUCGGCAGUCACCCAAUAAGGAAGAACGGUCCGGACGUCCGUCCCUCCCAGCCCAGCAUUUCCGAAACACGUGCAUACCAGGUAUCACUCAGAACAGAGAGGCUCAGCCUCUGGUGUGCCAAUGAGCCAAGUGGAGUUUGAAAUGGCCUGCGCUUCCCUCAAGCAGCUGAAGGGUCCCGUGAGUGAUCAGGAGAAACUGCUGGUGUACAGCUUCUACAAACAGGCCACCCAGGGCGACUGUAACAUCCCUGUCCCUCCAGCCACAGAUGUGAGAGCAAAGGCCAAAUGGGAGGCGUGGAAUGUGAACAAAGGGAUGUCCAAGUUGGAUGCCAUGAGGAUCUAUAUUGCCAAAGUGGAGGAGCUGAAGAAAAACGAGUGUGGUUAAGGACAUGUUGCCAACACAAGGAAGUCGCAUGGCUUCACUAGUAGGGAAUGGGCUUAAGAGUUCUGACGGCUGGAACACACUGAAAGGGUAGCAAGGUUA